UGAAACACCCUCAACCUAUUCUCAAACUUUAAAUAGGUAAGAUUUCGGGGUUGCUUAAGCGAACCCCGAGGAUCAAUGAAAGCUCCAAGUGGGCCAUUUUUGGUAAGCAGAACUGGCGAUGCGGGAUGAACCGAAAGUCGAGCUACGGUGCCAAACUGCGCGCUAACCCAGACACCACAAAGGGUGUUGAUUGAUACAGACAGCAGGACGGUGGUGCUAGUCGGGUAAUAUGGCACCGUUGCUGCGAGUCGCAACGUUAAAUGUGAGAGGGUUGGGCGCAGCCUCGUUUAGAAAGAAGUGGAGAGAAAUUAAGGGACUCGUAGUUCGAGAUCGCAUCCACCUCCUUUGUCUGCAAGAAACCAAACUAUCUGAAAACAGACUAACCGACGGAGAACUGCCACCAGUCACGGCAAGCCUCCAUGCUGGCUUCCAGCUUUGGGCACCUGCAAUCGUCACGGCGGGGGGAAUGGCCAUUCUUUACACCAAGGACUUCAAGGGGGAGAUUCUAGACUUCUUUGCGGACACAAAGGGCUGCUGGGCCUGGGUGUACAUAGAUCUGGCUGGGGAAAGCGUCCUCAUUGCGACGGUGUAUGCCCCGUCGCAGCUUAGGGACAAAUGCCAGUUUUGGCACGCUUUCUCCGCUCACAUCCCCGAGGCAAACAGACUAAUUUUGAUUGGUGACUUCAACACGGUGGCCGAUUCACCUCCGCGCUCUGACUCCCGUGCCCCCUACUUGCCUGAUGCGCAUGCUAUGAUAGAUGCCUUGACAGACAUGGGCCUGCAGGACGCUUUUAGAACGUUCUGUCCCCACGAGAAAGGCGUUACAUGGGUCGGAUCGGCCCUUAGAAAACGCAGCAGAAUUGACAUGGCCUGGCUGUCCCAGGCCGCCAUGAAGUGUCUGCUUGACUUCAACAUUGUCCCGGUGGUUCGCUCGGACCACAAGAUGAUCGCCCUUGUCUUGGCGAUCCCUACACAACUGCAUACCAGACCCCCCCCCUCUACCGUCCCGGGGUGGAUCUUCUCCGAGGAGCGGUACCGCAACAUGGCAAAUCAACACUUGCUCUACUGGACACAGCUCCGACACUCGGACCAAUCCGCCCUCCAAUGGCUAACAGACGGAACGGCGGCCCUGGCUAGACUGCUUAACCAGGCCGUGCUCACCUCCAAGCGAGCACGGCGGCUGACGGAGGAAGCCUUUAUCAGAAGGGCGAUGGAAUUGGGUGAUGGUCCAUUGACAGAAGAAGGGGAGGAGGAAUGGUGGAUGCGAUGGGAGGCGCUGCAGGUGGAAUGGGAGGAAUGGCAGAUUAAGGAUGCGGAAUCUUGGGGACUGCGUAACAAAGCUCAGGUUGCGGGGCGUAUGACAAAGACGUUCUUCCGACGUCUUCAUUCUAAACGGUCAGCCUCUGCCAUGGUGACACUACAGGCCCCGUUCCAACAGGAUGGUCCAUUGGCCGAUAACACUCAAGACAUCCUGCGGUUCGCUCAUGAGUAGUACUCCUACCUCUUAACAGAAGAACAGCCCUGGUCGCCGGAGGAAAUGACAACAGCCCCAGCCACAACAAUUUGGCAGAAGACAGCUACAACACUGACAGACUUGGACCGAAGAGCUCUCGAGGAGCUAAUCAACGAGUAGGAGAUCU